AUGGGAGUAAAUGGACUGCUACCAUUUUUAAAAAAAUGCAGUCGCCGUGUUAAUAUUAGGGAUUUUAAAGGCUACACAGUAGCAGUCGAUGCAUACUGUUGGAUUCAUAGAGCGUCGUACUCCUGUGCAAUGGAUAUUGCCCUUGGAAACCCAACUUCACAAUCCAGGAAAAUGUAUAGGGAGAGAGCGGCUCAAUGUCUUCUUGCGGGGGAUCAGAAAGCCGCUCAAGAGUGUUUCGAAAGAAGCAUUGAUAUUACUCCAGGAAUGGCUCGAGCUGUGAUCAAUGCUGCCCGAAAUCUUGGUAUUGAUUGUAUCAUAGCACCGUACGAGUCGGAUGCUCAGUUGGCCUACCUAGUUAAGUCUGGCUAUGCUGAUCUCGUGAUUACUGAAGAUUCGGAUCUUCUAUUGUUUGGCUGCAAACAGGUUAUUUUUAAACUCGACUUAACAGGAUCUGGAACUUUAAUUGCAUGGAGCGCAGGUAUUGGUGAGAAGUGUUGUGGCAUAGCGUCACAAGAAUUUUCACCUGCUAAUCUGCGUUUCAUGGGGAUACUUUCUGGAUGUGACUACUUUCCUGGCAUUCCCAGGAUUGGUCUUGCUACCGCUGCAAAAGUGAGUGUUUUGGCGCUUAAUCAACUUAAAUGCAGUUUUGAAGUGAUCCACUUUUCUUUUGAAUUUGGUUCUGUUUGGCGUUCUCCAUUACUAUACAGAUAA